GAUUCGCCAUCAGUGCGCAUGUGUGCGCGCUGGAAGGCGGCGCGGUUGUCAUGGAGCUUUUGGAGUCGGAGAGUCGGUCGCGGAGAGUGAAGCAUUUAGCCUCCGGCUCCGCACUUCCUUGGGAUAGGUUCUCCGCCUGGCUCGAGUGCAUCUGUGUGGUCACAUUUGACUUGGAGCUCGGUCAGGCGAUCGAGCUUGUAUAUCCCCAUGAUGUGUGGCUCACAGAGAAAGAGAAAACCAGCAUCUGCUACCUCUCUUUUCCAGAUUCCUACUCUGGUUGUCUUGGAGACACACAGUUCAGCUUUCGAAUCCGACAGUCAAUGGGACACAAACUGUCUGCGAUUGGAGAUGAAGAGAAGUACAAUCGAGAUGCCCCAGUUGUUCUUCAGUGGGAUCGAGCACAUUACUAUGGAUUUGUCUACUUCCGACAAGUCAAGGAUAGUACAAUAAAACGGGGAUAUUUUCAAAAGUCAUUGGUUCUUAUUUCUCGACUUCCUUUUGUGAAUCUCUUUCGCUCUCUCCUACAACUUGUUGCACCUGAAUACUUUGAAAAGCUGGAGCCUUGUCUUGAGGCAGUUUGCAAUGAGAUAGACCAAUGGCCAGCUCCAGUCCCUGGAAAAACACUUAGCCUUCCUGUCAUGGGAGUGGUCAUUCAGGUACGGAUACCAUCUAAGAAUGACAAGAUUGGAACAAGUCCUCUCAAGCAAUCUAACCAAGAGAAUCUGCUCCCAGCACCAAUGGUCAUUCCUACAGUAAAUGAGCUGGAUCUUUUCAGAUGUUUCCAACAAAUCCUAAUUCACAUCCAAAUGGUUUGGGAGCUAAUAUUGCUUGGAGAGCCAGUAAUUGUUAUGGCAACCUCUCCCACAGUUUCUUCAGAUACUGUGCUAGCACUUAUAAGUUGCAUUGCACCCCUGAAAUACUGCUGUGACUAUCGGCCAUACUUCACCAUCCAUGAUAAUGAAUUUAAGGAGUAUACAACGCGGACACAGGCACCGCCAAAUGUUGUUUUAGGAGUGACCAAUCCUUUUUUCAUCAAAACAUUCCAGCAUUGGCCACAUAUUAUUCGUCUUGGAGAAAUCAAAAUGUCAGGUGAUUUACCAAAACAAAUAAAAGUGAAGAAAUUGACGAAGAUUAGGACUCCUGACACAAAACCAGGUAUCUAUACGUCUUACAGAACUUUUCUGCACAAGGACAAGGCAUUUAUUAAACGACUUUUAAAGGGCAUUCAAAGAAAGCGUCCAUCAGAAGUACAGAAUGCCAUUGUGCGUCGCCACUUAUUGGAGCUUACACAGAGUUUCAUUAUUCCCCUGGAGAGAUAUGUUGCCAGUCUGAUGCCCCUUCAGAGAACUAUCACUGCAUGGAAGAAUCCACCACAGAUUCGGCCCUUUAUCCAAGAGGAAUUCAUGAAGACUUUGGAGCAUACAGGUCCACAACUGACAUCUGUGCUGAAAGGAGAUUGGGUGGGAUUAUACAGACGAUUUAUUAAAUCACCUAACUUUGAUGGCUGGUUUCGUAUGAGACACCAAGAGAUGUGCAAGAAGCUGGAGAUGCUUCACCUGGAGGUGUUAUGUCAGGCAGAUCUACUCAUGUGGAUUCGGGAAAAGUCUGAAGUGGAAAUAGUGGACCUCGUUAUAAAACUACGUGAAAAACUGAUAAAAGCAAGAGUCUAUCAGCUGCCAGUCAGAGAAGACUUGUUGGAGAAGCUGGAGUUGUAUGUGGAAUCUGUAAUUAGCUCCUUACCUGAUGAUCUACAGGUAGUUCUGCAUCGACACUGAUUGGAACAAGCAGGUGAUCUAUAGCUCAGCCUUUUAGAGAAGUCACAUCAGAUCCACCUGCUUUCCACAUCCUGAAUCAUCCAUUGUCAAAAGACACCCAGUGAUGUCACUGAAUAUUAACAGAAGUUUCCACACAACAGCCAGAUUUAAUCAAAUGAUGAACUAAAGAUGCCUGUGAUAUGGGUUGGUUUCCAUAACACAUUUAUUACUGUCAUUUUUAAUUAAAAAGAUGCCACCUGAUUAAAGUAGACUGCUUUAAACCCACCGUGUUGUUGUUUGUUUGUAAAAUCUUAUGAUCGAUUUGUAAAUGUAUGAAUGUAAUUUGCACCGCAAGACUGUACGACGAUUUUUGUCUUGUGAUCCAGUCUGUUGAGAUUGCAGAACUGGCCAUUGAAGCUCUUUCUCUUCAACUUAAUGGAGUUGUGUAGUUUGACAUCAACUCUACAAGGCUGGUAGAACAGUUUUCCAGUUUGUACUGAUACAUACUUCAAUGUAAAUUGGAAGAAAAGCUUUGGGUAAUCACCAGAAAAAAACUAUUUUUAGUUUGUUUCAACAGGAAAGUAACAGUAGAAGUGAAGAGGAAGUAGAGCAGUUGGAUAACUGGAGCUGAGGAAAAAUACUGAAGGACUCAAAGAAAGUAGAAGUGCUAAGGUGAUAACCUUUUACCUGAAGGACACCUAAAGCAAUGAUCACUUUAUUUCUUGAAAACAGUAUGGACUUAACAUUGUGACACUAAAUCAGAUGAAUGCAAAUUAGGCACCUCUACUCAAAUACUGUAUAAUGAAAGAAAUCAAUGAUAUUUUCAGUCUACCACUUUGUCAUAGUACCAUGUAAUUGGAUGAAGUGAAGUGAUUAUAAUGAGGUGCCAUGGUAGCGUAGUGGUUAGUGUGAUGCUACUGCAUCUUGAGGAGUCAGAGUCAGAGUUAAAUUCUGGUGUUUUUCCCGCGUAUGCCUAGGUUUCCUCCAGAUGCUCUGGUUUCCUCCUACGGUCCGAAGACAUACCAGUUAGUAGGUUAAUUGGUCAUUAUAAAUUGUCCUGUGAUUAGGUUAGGGUUAAAUUGGUAAGUUGUUGGUGCCUGGAAGGGUCUAUUCUGUGCUGUAUCUCUAAAUAAAUAAUACAAAAUAAUAUUUAUAUUCUCAGCCAGGCUUCUUUGAUGUAAAUCCUGCCCAAUUACCAUCAGCAUAUAACCUGUAGCACCAGAUGUCCCAACGCACUAGGCCACUGCUAGACUAAGAUAAGCAAUGCCUACCAUACCAUGCCCAACCCACAUUUCAGAAAAUCUGGUUUUUUAGCUGCCCUUCUCUGACCUGCAUACAGGCAGAUGCUAAAGAGCAAGGCUUCAUUGAUUAGGGAAAAAAAGAGGCGGUCAUGAAAGAGGUGGUCAAGAGGAGCAGCUACAGGAUUGCUUCUAUUUGGUGGACUGGGCCAUGUUCAAAGAAUCAUUUGUGGAUCUGAAUGAAUACCCCAUGACGUCAUGGACUUUAUAAAAAUGGUCAUAGAUGAACGUGUCCCCAGAAAAUCAUUGUGAGUCUUCAACCAGAAGCCCUGAAUGAACUAUGAGAUCCGCAAACCACUGAGAGCCAGAUCAGAGGCCUUCAAGUCUUAUGACCAAAAAAGUUACAGGAGGUCCAGGUACGAUCUCCAGAAAGCCUUCUCAUAGGGAAAGUGGCAAUUCCAGACUAAACCUGAAUCAACGAAGAUGCUCAACAGUUGUGGCAGGACUUGAAUACAAUCACCUCUUUGUCACUUGAUUUAACUUUAUAAAAGUGACAAAGACAACAACAGAGAUUCACUUGCAGUUGAGCUUAGAACCCUUCUUCGUUCUCUUUGACUGUCAAAAUAUGGAGGAACCAUCACAAACUCCUGCAUCUCCCAAUGAUCCUAUGAUUUCAGUCUCAGAUGGGUACCUGGCCAAGUACUAAAGACCUGUGCUGAUCAACUGGCUGGACUGUUCACUGAGAUCUUUAACCUCUUUUUCAGUGUGUGAUACCCACUUACUUCAAGCAGGCUUCGAUUAUACUGGUACUCCAGAAGUGCAUUGUGCCCUACUUCAGUGACUAUCAUCCAGUAGCACUUACAUCCACAGUGAUGAAAUGUUUUGAGAGGUUGAUGAUGAAACAUACCAAUUCCUGCCCGAGAGGUGACUUCGAUCCACUCCUAUUUGCGUACCAAAGCAACAGGUCCACAGCAUAUGCCAUUUCAUUGGCUCUUCGCUCAACCCUGGAACAUCUGGAAAGCAAAACUGUGCUUAGGCCCCUGCUCUAAUUGCUUUACACUUAUGAUUGUGUGGCUAAGCACAGCCUGGUAUGGAAACACCAAUUCUCUUGAAUGGAGAAUCCAACAAAAGGUAGUGGAUAUGGCUCAGUCUGUGAGGUGUAAAGUCCACCCAACCAUUGAGUACAUCUAUUUGAAACGCUGUCGCUGGAAAACAGAAUCCAUCAUUUGGAGCCCCCCCACCAUCCAGGGCACGUUCCCUUCUCACUGCUGCCAUCAGAAAGAAGGUACAGGAGCAGCAGGACUGACACCAUCAUGUUCAGGAACAGUUACUACCCCUCAACCAUCAGGCUCAUGAAUGAAAGAGGAUAACUUAACAUGUCCCAUCAUGGGAAUGUUCCCAUGACUAAUGGAUUCACUUUCAAUGACUCUUCAUCCUAUGUUCUCAGUAUUCAUUGCUUAUUUAUCUGUCUAUCUAUCUAUCUAUUUAUUUAUUGUUAUUAUUUAUUUUUGUACUUGCACAUUUUGUUACCUUCUGCACUCUGGUUGAAAGCCUAAGUUGGGUGGCCUUUCAUUGAUUUUGUUAAGGUUAUUCUAUAGAUUUAUUGAGUAUGCCCACAGGAAAAUGAAUCUCAGGGUUGUAAAUGGUGAUAUAUAUGUAUUUUGAUAAUAAAUUUGCUUUGAGCUUUGAA